AUGGCCCUAAAGUUGGAAGCAAAGGGUGGUAAGAAAGGAAAUGUAUGGGCUGAUGGUGUUCACGAAAAUGUUAGAAAAGUAUAUGUAGGGCAAGGCCAGAGUUGUAUAUCCUUCGUCAAGUUUGAGUAUGUUGAUGAUUCUGAAGUGGUUAUUGGAGAUGAACAUGGAGAACACACACAAAAAGUUGAGGAGUUUGAGGUUGAUGAAAAUGACUACAUCGUUUACGUAGAAGCUUUCCGUGAGACAGCAACUCAAGAAACCAUCGUGGCUCUUAAGUUCGAGACUUCCAAAGGCAAAACCAAUAAGCACUUCAAGGAGGGUCCGGGGGUGAAGUUUGUUCUCCAAGGUGGCAAAAUCGUUGGGUUUCACGGGCGUUCCACCAAUGUUCUACACUCCCUUGGAGCCUAUAUUUCUGACCCAAUAUCCACUCAUCAAUUGCAUGGAAAGUGGACAAAGCCUUCCGGGAGGAGCGUUUUCGCUAGUGCAGUUGUUGGGAAACACAUUGUGAUAUUCGGAGGUGAGAUUGAUAUGGACCCACAAGCUCACGUGGGCCCGGGACAAAUGACCGAUGGGACUUUUGCGUUGGAUACAGAGACGUUGAAGUGGGAGAGGUUGGAUAAGUUAGGUGAAGAGGUGAAGGCGGAGGAGGAGACAAAGAAUGGGUCAGGACUAUCAAUACAUGUUGGGAUCCCGAUUCUAAUAGAUUUAGAUGUUUCUAUCGGAAACCCUUUUGGAAGCCACAAGAAGAAAAAGGAAGAAGCGAAGCAGGAGAUGACUCCGGCUAUCAGGGGAUGGACAGCUUCCACGAGUGGGACAGUUAAUGGUAAGAAAGGGCUGCUGAUGCAUGGUGGCAAAGCUGUGACCAAUGACCGCUUUGAUGAUCUCUUCUUUUACGAGUUUAACUCUGCUUAAUCAUUACCAUCUGUGAUUGUUUGUUAUGUGUGUGUGAUUCAGUAAGGGAGAGUCGUGAUAACAUACGAUCCUUCAUCAGCUUUUUUUUUUUCUAUAUGUUUGCGUUAUGUAUGAUUCAAUAAGGGAGGGUCGUGAUACCACACGAUCCUUCCUCACCUUUCUGUAUUGUUGUUAUGUUUCUUUUUU